CUCGUUGUCAAGGCCGCACUAAAAACCAUGGAAGGCACGUCCUUCGCUCUUAUCAAUGGCGCCCUCUUUGUGAUGCAAGCAGUCGUGAACAUUGUGUAUGCCAAGCGCUUUGUGGCAGUAGCACGAGAGUACGAGACGCUGAUCACCCCUGCAAGCUACGCUCUGGUACUGUGGAUCCUCGUGUAUGCACUGGAAGCGGUGCUGGUCGUUGUCGAUGUUUUCGCGCCCCGAUACUCGAUGUUCGCUGACGCCAACCAACCAGCGCAACUUCGGAUGUGCUUUGGCAUAACGUGUAUUCUUAACACCAUUUGGGUGUUCUUAUAUGUGUCGGGGCAUGUGUACGCGUCCACCGUGAUCAUCUACGCGUUAUGGUUGGCCAUUCUGGUGCUGUACGUCUACGCCGUUAAUGACCGGAAUGCACGCGAGACCGGACCGUUCGAUUGGAUCCUGUACUUGUGCAACGAGCUCCCAAUCUCAAUGUACUUUGCGUGGGUUACCACCUUGGCUUUCACCCAACUGGCGAUGUCGAUGCAGCACUCGAAUCACGCUUAUCUGGGUCUCACUACCUACGUCUCGUAUCUCUGCGUCGUCAUCGUGCUGGGACUGCUGACUUCAAGAUACGCACAAGACUUGGUCGCUGGUCUUGUCAUUGUCUGGUACCUCAUCGCAGUUUCGAUCAAGCAUGUGCAGUUCCCGCAAUCAGUACAGUGCAUGGACACCGCCGUUCGAGCGUGCGCUGGAGAGGGAGCAGCGAUCAUCGCUGCUGUGCUGGCAAUCAAUCUUUGCCAGUCAUUUAUGGAAGACAGUCAAGUCGUCCUCCAGCCUCAGGCAUGGGCUCGGGAAUGGCUGUCGUCGCGGGUGCCACCUACGGCUCCGCCGGUGCAUAAUAGCGCAGUUCCUGCUGUUCCUCGUGCUACUGCUCGCGUUUCGAUUGCCGUGCACAACGCUAUAGGAGUUCCAGUCCCGUAG